GAACAUCUGUACAAUACCCUUUUUUCAAAAUAGAGAUGGCCCAUUUUGUUCACCAAACAGGCAUAGUCCCUGGGGAAAGUAAUUGAUCAACAGAACACAUUGCAAAAUCAUUUGCUGUUGUGUUCUUUGUUGUAAAGACGUUUUGUGCUAGUGCUCCAAUUUAAAAUGGCUGAAGAUGCUGACUACGAAGUAGAGGCGAUCAUCGAUCGAGGUUUGUUCUAUAACGAAGAAGGAAAACUCCGUGUCUGGUAUUUAAUAAAAUUUAAAGGCUAUCCAGACACGGAGAAUCAAUGGAUCCCUGCCAAAUUAACCAACUGCAGGACUCUUAUAAGAGAGUUUAAUAAAAAGAGGAAGUUCACUAAAAACGUUUUGACACCACCCCAAUCAGAUUCGGAUGGGGAAUUGUUUGUGGAUGUUGUUGGUGGUGUAAAAGAAAUUUUGUUUAAGAAAUUGUUUGUCGACAUGUGACACCUGACCACUUCUGAUGAUAAUAUUGGUGUUGUCCAAUAAUAAUGAAUGUGACUUAACUUUCCAAUCAAUCAACUCACAUGAGUUUGACCAUGAAAUGAAAAAAAGGAUAUAUAUAUUAAAAUAUUUUGGACAAUAACAGUAACAACAAAACUUACCAUGAUAUAAAAUCA